GAAUGAGAGGUUACACUGAGUGUCGUCACACUGCCUCCAUGGCACUGCUUCAUGAACUCCUUCCCCUCACUUGUGAAGUGCGCUGAGUGGGCCCCACGGUCAUGUGAAGUGCACUGAUCUCCCGUCUCCCUCAGAGCGAACACCAGGCUGCAGGUGAAGAUGGGCAACUCGGAGAGUCAGUACACCCUGCCGGGAUCUAAACACCACAGCCAGCUUCCUGGUGUGAAGCAAAAGCCCUGCUCCCUGAAGAUUCGCAGCGUCCACGCGAAAGAUGAGAAGUCCUUGCAGGGCUGGGCGCCCGGAGGCAGCGGAGCCGGCUACAAGUCCAGGUCGCUGGCCCGCAGCUGCCUGUCCCACUUCAAGAGCAGUCAGCCUUACUCUGCAGCCAGACUCGCCGGGCCCCCCGGCAAAGGCCCCAGAGGCUCGGGCCACUCCAGGCACCGGGCGAGCGGCCCAGGGCCUGAGCUGCAGGGCCACCCUGCUGUCCUCUUCCCGGAGAACGGCUUCCAGCGCGGGGACCACAAGCCGCCGCCGGAUAACCACACGACCUCGAAGGACCGCAACGGGCACCUCCUCAACUGCUACGGCCGACAGGAGAGCAUGGGGUCCACGCCGCCGCCGCCGCCGCCGCCGGGAGAGGACCGCAAGAGCCCCAGGGUGCUCAUCAAGACGCUGGGCAAGCUGGACGGGUGUCUCCGGGUGGAGUUCCACAGCGGCGGCCACCACGGCGCCGCCGAGCCCGGCGCGCCCGUGCAGCUGCUGAGAUACUCGCCCACCCUGAGCCCGGACACCAGGAGGGGCUCGGAGGGUGGCGAGGGUGGCGGCGCCGAGAACUCCCCGCCCAGCCGCCGCCCCUCUCCCACCGACUCCCGCCUGCGCUCCAGCAAAGGCAGCUCGCUGAGCUCCGAGUCGUCCUGGUACGACUCGCCUUGGGGCAACGCGACGGAGCAGAGCGAGGUGGAGGGGUCCCUCCGGACGCCCAGCACGCCCGACCCCAGCCUCGCAGCCUGUUUCCCCCCGCCUGGCGACGCCAAGAAGCCUUUCAGCCAAAGCUGCUCCCUGUCCUCCCUGCGGGACCUGUACAAGGACGCUCCCACGGGGCACCUCGGCCUGCCCGACGAGUAUGUGGGUGCGCACGCCAGCCUCAGCAACCGUGUGUCCUUUGCCUCCGACAUGGAUGUGCCCUCCAGGGUGGGGCGCGGCGAGCCCGGCCAGUACAACUCCUUCACCCUGCCGUGCCGCAAGUCCAAGGCCUUCCCCGAGGACCCGGCCAAGAAGGACACCCUCAAGGCCAGGAUGCGCCGGAUCAGCGACUGGACCGGGAGCCUCUCGCGGAAGAAGAGGAAACUGCAGGAGCCGAGGUCCAAGGAGGGCAGUGACUGCUUUGACAGCCGCUCGGAGGGACUGAAUGCAGACGCGCAGUGGCCCUUCCAGGCGUCGGCCUUGCUGUGGUCAGGGGGCUCGGCUCAGGUCCUGUCUCAGAGGAGCGAGUCCACGCACGCGGUCGGCAGCGAUCCCCUCCGGCAGAACAUCUACGAGAACUUCAUGCGGGAACUGGAAAUGAGCAGGGCCAACACGGAAAACGUGGAGACGUCUACAGAGACGGCCGAGUCCAGCAGCGAGUCGCUGAGCUCGCUGGAGCAGCUGGACUUGCUCUUUGAGAAGGAGCAGGGCGUGAUCCGCAAAGCCGGGUGGCUCUUCUUCAAGCCUCUCGUCACUCUGCAGAAGGAAAGGAAGCUGGAGCUGGUGGCUCGCCGGAAGUGGAAACAGUACUGGGUAACCCUUAAGGGCUGCACGCUGCUGUUUUAUGAGACCUACGGCAAGAACUCGGCGGAUCAGACCAGCGCCCCGCGGUGCGCGCUGCUUGCGGAAGACAGCAUAGUGCAGUCUGUGCCGGAGCACCCCAAGAAGGAAAACGUGUUCUGCCUCAGCAACUCCUUUGGGGACGUCUACCUUUUCCAGGCCACCAGCCAGACAGAUCUGGAGAACUGGGUCACUGCCAUCCAUUCUGCUUGUGCAUCCCUUUUUGCAAAGAAGCACGGGAAAGAAGACACAGUGCGACUCCUCAAGAGCCAGACCAAAAGCCUGCUGCAGAAGAUCGACAUGGACAGCAAGAUGCGGAAGAUGGCGGAGCUGCAGCUGUCCGUGGUGAGAGACCCAAAGAACAGGAAGGCCAUUGAGAACCAGAUCCAGCAGUGGGAGCAGAACCUGGAGAAGUUUCACAUGGAUCUCUUCAGGAUGCGCUGCUACCUGGCCAGCUUACAAGGCGGGGAGCUGCCGAACCCCAAGAGUCUCCUGGCUGCCGCCAGCCGCCCCUCCAAGCUGGCCCUGGGCAGGCUGGGCGUCUUGUCCGUGUCUUCUUUCCACGCUCUGGUGUGCUCUAGGGAUGACUCCGCUCUCCGGAAAAGAACCCUGUCUCUGACGCAGCAGGGGAGGAGCAAGAAGGGCAUCUUCUCCUCCUUAAAAGGGCUGGACACCCUGGCAAGAAGAGGGAAGGAGAAAAGAGCCUCCAUAGCACAGAUAUUUGAUUCAAGUGGCAGCCAUGGAUUUUCUGGAACUCAGCUACCUCAAAACUCCAGUCACUCCAACGAGGUGGAUGACCUUCUGCAUGGAUACAGUUCACCCCUGGAUGGCGUUCCCCGAGACAACGCAUGGGAGAGUCAGGCCUACGUUCACUUUCGGGACAGUCAAGGAGUCACUGUAACGAUCAAGCCCGAACACAGAGUAGAAGAUGUUUUGACUUUGGCGUGCAAGAUGAGGCAGUUGGAACCCAGCCACUAUGGCCUUCAGCUUCGGAAGUUAGUAGACGAGACCGUUGAGUACUGUAUCCCCGCACCCUGUGAAUAUAUGCACGAACAGGUUUAUGAUGAAAUAGAAGUCUUUCCACUAACUGUGCACGCUGUGCAGCUCACGAAGACCGGCAGCGCAUCCGACUUCGGAUUUGCAGUGACUGCGCAGGUGGACGAGCGGCAGCGCCUCAGCCGGAUAUUCAUAAGCGACGUCCUCCCGGACGGCCUGGCGUACGGGGAAGGGCUGAGAAAGGGCAAUGAAAUCAUGACCCUAAACGGGGAAGCCGUGUGUGACCUGGACCUCAAGCAGAUGGAGGCCCUGUUUUCCGAGAAGACCGUGGGGCUCACUCUGCUUGCCCGGCCUCCGGACACCAGAGGCACCCUGUGCGCCUCGUGGUCGGACAGCGACCUGUUCUCCCGGGACCAGAAGGGGCUCUUGCCCCCUCCCAACCAGUCCCAGCUGCUGGAGGAAUUCCUGGACAACUUGAAAAAGAACACAGCCAGCGAUUUCAGCAACGUCCCUGACAUUCCAACUGGUCUGAAAAGGAGCCAGACAGAUGGCACCCUGGAUCAGGUGUCCCACAGGGAGAAAAUGGAGCAGACAUUCAGGGUAAGAUGUUGGCCCAGACCUCAGACCCAGAACUGGGCAGGCAAGGGCUGUUCCCACCUUCACCUGACAUGGGCACAGGUUAUCUUCACCCAGGGCCCAGCAGUUGCUAUAGAC